AUGGAAAAUGAAGAACAAGAAAGUGGUGAAAUUCUUUCUAGUGAAGAGAUGAUGAUGUUGGAUAUUCAACCAAAGCCAUUAUCAUCAUUAUUAUCAUUUUCAACAUUAUCACCAAGUGUAGAUGAAAAUAAUAAUUGUGACUUUGAUGAUUUAAAUUCAAUUUUCAAAGAUUUUCAAAAACAAAAAAAAAAUUUAAAAGAUAAUAUACUCAAAUUUUAUAAUAAAAAAAAAGAAAAUAAUGAUAAUUUUUUUAAUAUUCUAAAAUCAUACAUAACAACUAAUAACAAUUACAAUAAUCAUUUUUAUUUCAUUAUAUCAAUAUAUAAUAUUCUAUAUGAAAAUUAUAAAGAUGAAACACCAUUUGAAUAUUUUAUAGAAAUUAUUUAUAUAGUAUCAAUCAAUGAUCAUCUUGGUCCAUCAGAUAGAUUAUCAUCAAUUUUAUUCUUUUCAAAGUAUUUCAAUAAAAAUGGGAACAAAAAUCAAUUAUUUAAUUCACUACUUUCUUUAAUAAAAAUUGAAAACAUAUCAUCAACUAUUGUAAAUAAUAUCAUUGAAUUUCUAGGUUCAAUAUUAUCACUCUCAAUUAGUUUAGGACUGUAUAAUAUAUUACAAUUAACUUAUGAUUGGAUAAUAGAAUUUGCCAAUCAACCAACAACAGCAAUAACAGAAUUACUAAAUCAAAUAAUAAAUAAUAUAAAUAAUAUAAAUAAUAAUAAUAAUAAUAAUAUAAAAACAGAAACAGAAUCAGAAAUAGAAUCAAAAUCAGAAUCAGAAUCAGAAUCAGAAUCAAAAAUAGAAACAGAAAUAGAAAUAGUAACAGAAAGAGAAAUAGAAAUAGAAAUGGAAAUAAAAAAAGAAAAUGAAAAACAAGUAAAAGUUGAUAUUUUUUAUAUAUCAAUUAAACUUUUAGAUAUAUUAAUAAAUGAUCAUUUAAUUUUGAAUGAAUCUUCAAAUAAUUUUGAGAAUUUACCAUCAAACUCAUUUGAUUUUUCAUCAUUAUUAACCUCAAUAAUAAUAUCACAUUAUUUAAGUCCAUUUAAUAAAACCAAUUCCUAUAUCAACGAUAGUAAUAAAAGAGAUAAUAACUAUAUAGAAUUCACAGUAAUCCCAAGAACAUUAUCACUUUUAUCAAACUAUUGGUUACGUCAAACACCACAACUAUUAUUUAAAUUCAAUGAAAAACAGUCAAAAUCAUUAAACCAUAUUAAUUUAUUAAAAGAAAUAAUUACAAUUAGUAUAUUUUCAAACUAUAUUAAUUAUAAUAAUAAUAAUAAUAAUAAUAAUAAUAAUAAUAAUAAUAAUAAUAAUAAUAAUAAUAAUAAUAAUAAUAAUAGUGGUGAAAAGAAUGAAUUGGUUGAACCAUAUAUUAUGAAAUUAAAUUCAGUAUUAAUUGAUGCAAUUUAUCAAAUUUCUGAAUGCAAAAAUGAUGAUUUCUCAAAUUUAAUCAUUAAAAACAUUUCAAAUACUUUAAAUCCUGAAUUCUUUAUAAAUAUAAUUACAAUGAUAAAUAACUUUAAUUUUGAUAAUAAGAAAUUUGUUGAUAGAAUAUCAACAAUAAUUCAAAUCUAUUCAAAAACAUGCAAAAGAAUAAAUCCAAAUUAUUUAAAUACUCAUAUUGAAUUAUUAAAACAAUUAAAUGUUCAAACACAAAUAUCAAUAACAAUUUUAAACCAAUAA